AUGAGUAGAAUGGGCUUUGACCAGCAAUGGAUUGAGUUAGUUAUGAAGGGGGUGGAAUCUGUCUCUCAGUCUAUUUUGGUUAAUGGCAUCCCUCAACCAUAUUUCAAACCAUCUAGAGGAAUAAGGCAAGGUGACCCAUUAUCACCUUACAUUUUCCUAUUUUGUGCUGAAGCUUUAUCCUCACUAAUGUGUCAUGUUGAACUAUCAGGAGCUAUUAAUGGUGUUCCCAUAAAGAGAGAGCCAAUUCUCUUGAAUGGAGCAAGCUUAUUUACUUACUGGAUACUUAUGAAAAAGCCUCUGGUCAAAGACUUAAUAAAGAUAAAACAUCCAUUCAAUUCAGCAGAAACACUCUUAAAGAAACUCAAGAGAUGGUGCUGGAAAUUGCUGGUGUUAAGUCAAUCUCAUGAAAGAUACUUGGAUCUUCCAACUUUGAUUGGAAGAGCUCGUGCAAAGGCCUUUAGGACUAUCCUGGACAGAGUCAAACAAAAGAUUAGCAACUUUAAAGUUAGAUAUCUGUCACAAGAAGCAAAUGAAGUUCUUUUGAAAGCAGUGGUUCAAGCUUUGCCUACAUAUAUCAUGUCAGUUUUUAAAUUUCCAAUCUCAUCGGCAAAGGAGAUCAAUAGAAUGAUGCAACAUUUCUGGUGGGGACAACAAGACCAGACUAAGAAAAUUCACUGGAUUUCAUGGGAUAAGAUGGUCAAGUCUAAAGCUGUUGGGGGCUUGGGUUUCAGAGAACUGAAAGACUUUAAUUUGGCAUUAUUGGCCAAACAAGGAUGA